AUGGCGUCAGAACUCUACUACUUUAAGCCGUCGACGCCACCUCGGGCUCUUAUGUCUGAUGCUGAGCUACUUGGCUCUGCUCAUAGUCGGACAACGUCAGGCUCCUCUGAAUACGCUUGUUCUUCUGCAUAUACCGAUGACUCUUCACCCGCAUCUCGCUCGACUAGUGUAUCUACUUCUAGCAGGUCUCCAGGUAGACGAGCACCGGGCCCUCUACUUUUGCCCAAAAUCAGACCCCAGGAUAUUGUUGUCGAGCCUCAAUCACACUAUGGCCCGCAACGAAGUCGGAAAGCCCUUUCGACUACGCAGAAUCCCCCGGGGUUUGCCCCUUAUCCUGCUUCACGCCCUUCUAUUUCCCGAAGGGCAGUUGAGCCUAUUGACUGCUCGCUGGUCUCCCCAGUUUGUGCCACACCUGCAUCAUAUGGCUACCCUGGGGGUAGUGCUAUGUCUCCCCUCUCUGCAGUCCCUCCCUCGAGCUCCAGACGAAGAGCUUCUCAUUCACGGAACCCGUCUGUUUCUAGCAUCGAUGAUGCCACACUAAGUCGUUAUGGUUACCCUACUUACCGCCAAAUCCCCAAGUACCUUUCUCAAUAUAGCCCAACCACCCCUGCUUCUGCAACAUCUUUCACAUAUCCAACACCCACAUACCCUACCACCCCUUACACAGCUACAGCAGGUGAUCCACACGUUAGUUAUCCAACGUCCAACUAUUCUACUCCUGCUUACCCAGGUACAUACCCAUCUCCCGCCUAUCCAACCUCUGCCUACUCGGCCGGUGCAGAAGCUUAUGCUCCCACCUCGGAGGUUGCAUCUACACAAAAUCAUUGUGGCUUUUCUGAUACCACAGCAAGAGCGCUGGGGGUUUCGACUGUUGACCCUUCUUUCCCUCCCUCUCUUAAUGUCAUUCCGCCAUCCCUUGCACCACCAAUGGAUUACUCUUCAUCGUCGUCAUCUGCAUCUACGACUUUGCUGGAGUACCUCAAUGCACCCAUGCAGGCCAUCAACCUCGUCGAAACUAUGGCCUACCCUUCAAAUCGAGUGAACCCAGCACAUUUUUGGUGGGACGUCAGGAAUAUACGACAAUGGUCGUCCUUUUCCCUUGAAGCUAUGAGUGCUAUUCCUCGCUUCCCCCAGCUUCUUACGACAGGGGUUUCCCAGGAUUGCCUCCCGCUUAGCACUGUUGCGCCAUCUCGGCUCUAUCCAGACUCAGAAUUCUCAUUGACUGAUUUGAUCCGCGAUGUCUAUGCCCCGCGAGUAAAUGCCGCUCUUCGCAUAUCCCAAGGACGCGAUUGUCUGUCCUUAUACCCUGCUCCAAUAAAUCCAGCAAACAGGGAUAACGACCCGCAUUUCAUCGCAAACUAUGCUAGUGAUACAGAGCAGACUCCGUCUGGCCUCCCCCGUGGCCGCAUUGUCGGCUUAGUCAAGACAUUCAACAGAUGGAACACUGGAAUGCGAAAUGAAGCACCUCAUCGACGUGUUGAGUAUCUCAAUGGCCUCUCUCAUUUGCAACGCUGCAUGAGGGAACACUCCUGCCGCUAUGGAUUCAUCAUGACUGAGAUUGAACUUGUCUGCGUGCGUGCUGGUUGUGACGAAGGCGACGAUGUGCCAUAUUUUGGCUUCCUCGAACUGGCCACUCCAAUCGCAACAAAGUCACCCUAUAACCCAUCACUAUCUAGCAUCGGGUUGUCUCGCUCUACUUCUGCCUCUUCGGCUCAGUCAUCCGACUAUUCUACCUCAUCCCGAGGGACCUCUCCUUUUCCUACAGGAUUCUCUGGCCCUUUCUCUGCUACUAUGGCACUAUAUUACCUGCUCAUGUUGUCUAAGUCCGUGCCUCUACCAACUCAGCCAUCAUGGCAUCUAAAUGUUGGUGGCCCAGGAGCCUUAACUCGUCAACGCACCCUGCCAGAGGAUAAGGAUAGCUGGAUUCCCGAGCCGCAGCAGCGGGAAAAGCGCGAGGCAAAGCGAAUUCGAGGAUGGGUCUGGCCACACGAUGCAUGGCAUCGUCGCGAAGGCGGAGGCUCUAGUAGAACUAGAGCUGCAAAGAUCGCUGCCGCGAAACGAUGGCAUAAGUGA